CGCUUUGGUGCCAAAAACCUCAUGCCCGCCAAGGCCCGAGAAGAUGCCGUUCGGGAUAUUAUUACGUGCCGGGGGCAUGGGCCUCGUGUGGGGGACGUAGCCCGAGUCCUCGCUGUAUGUUUAUUUACACUGACGCCGUCUAUCACUAACCAUCAGCCGGUUGUCACCUUUCCCCUACCUACUUGCCUGUCAAUCCGCGUAUCUGCAAUAUGGCCGAAUCCAGCGCCUCAGAUGUCAAGUCUCUCCCUCUUGCACCCCUUUGCGGGGUCUGUAAAGAGUUUAUUGAUACCAUCGCCUCCUGGGAUUUUAAGCAACCGAGCGAGGAAGCCCGUUUGCUUCGCGCUGGCCCUGAUAGUCGCUGGGGUGAGUAUGGGUGGCGCUUCCACCACUACGGAUCCUCGGAGGAAAUCACCAAAAGCGCCGAGUUUUGCUCUCUUUGUCGGCUCAUUCUCGACUGCUUCGAACCGGACAAGACGCGAACGAUGUCAGAGCUCACGUUGGACCCGUGGUAUGGCCAGAAUGGCGGAUACCCAGCGACCCCCGGUAUCCAGGCAGGUUUUCUUGACGAGAAUUCUCGCUGGUCGUAUGGCCUCCUCCGUACCAGCUGGCUACGUCCCUACUUGCACGCCGUGGAGGAAGGCGACAAUUAUUCAUACAAUCGGUUAUAUGAGCGAGACGUUCCGGACAGCGCUGCGUCGCAGGACUGCCUUGACACAAUCCGCUACUGGCUCAAAGACUGCUCUGAGCGACACCCCAAGUGCCGUGCUGCCACCCGCUCAAGUGCUCUCCCCACAAGGGUCAUCGAUAUCGGCAACCUCCCGGAUGACACGCCUAUACUCUACAUCAGUCAUGGCGAGAAGGCGCCGUACGCCACGCUCAGUCACUGCUGGGGCGGGCAUGUCCCGCUCGGAACAACGACGGAAACCCUGGCGGCGCACCAAGAUGGCUUGUCGGCGGACCGGAUGCCGCAAAACUUCCAAGAUGCCAUCCGAGUCACCCGCCUAGCCGGCCUCCGCUAUCUCUGGAUUGACUCGCUGUGCAUCAUCCAGGACGACCCUAAAGACUGGGCAGCCGAGGCUGAGCACAUGACGGCCAUCUACCGCAAUUCCACCCUCACGAUAUCUGCUCUGGACUCGAAAGGACCUGACACUGGGUUUCUCGUGCCAAGGACCAAAAAGUCCCUGACAAUCAGCCCCAAAAUGGCGAUCCAUUGCUUUCGCCAGGGAUUCAGCGACGCAAUGGAGGACAACAUCCUAACCAAGCGCGGGUGGUGUAUGCAAGAGCGGCUCCUGUCCCCGGUUGUGUUGCAUUUCGGGCGAGACCAGUUGUAUUGGGAAUGCUGCUCCUUCACCUUGGAGGAAAGUCGCGGCUGCUCGACCGUGAACUACGAGUCCAGCCCAGAGGACAACAGCGGCGGACCAGCCGGCGUCAGCUGCGGGUUGAGGAGUGAUGGGUUGAGGAAUUAUAGAAUCCCUGCCUUCACCAGAGCGCGCAAAAAAUUCCAUGUGUCCGGGCCUGGCAGCUGGUCCAUUGCGGUGGAGGAAUACAGCCACCGCAACAUAACGUUUCGCCGCGACAAGCUGGUCGCGAUAGCGGGUGUGGCAAAGUUGGUUCGUCCUGCCGAGGCAGAAUACUCCUACAUUGCUGGUCACUUUAUGGGUGGGGGCUACGACAUUUUGUCCAGUCUCUUCUGGUCGGCCCGUGUCAAACUCACCAACGGGAAGGCCCCAGGGUUCAGAGACAUUGAGGCUCUCACAAGGCCCGACGACAACUACCCGAGCUGGAGCUGGGCCAGCGUCGAUGGAGGUGUCGAGUUCCACAGUCGUUCCGGGGAGGACAGCGGCAUCGAGCUCCUGGGCGUCGAGGUGGAUGUUGGCAGGGAUGACUUCAUGGCGGAAAGAGUGAAGGCGAGGCUGAAGAUACGGGCUUCGAUUGCGAAGCUACGCUACACUCCAUGCGAAGCAAAGGAGGAUCGUGAAAUUGUUGGUACAAUUUGGCCGGUCGGCCAUACCGCCGCCAUGGACGUCGACCGGGCUAGAGACCGAAACUGCUGGGUUUUGGUAAACCCCAGCGGCGGCGGCGUGCUUGUCCUGGACGAAGUGAGUAUAGGUGUGUUCCGUCGCGUCGGCUGGGCUGAGCCUCAGUCGCUGACCGACCAGGACCCAAAGGUCGAGUAUUGCGUGAAGGAGUUUGAGCUGAUCUGAAGACGGGCCUUGACUAAACCCAAAAUAUCAUGUUAUUCUAUCAUGCUACUGCCAGCUUCUUGAAAGCAACCCAUUCGCGCCG